AUGCCUGGCGUUCACACAUUUUACGAUGGUUCAACCAUUCUGGAGCCGUUUUCAGUCAUCACUGGCGUUGAAGUUGAUCGGGUUCGUUUUUUCAAUGUCAUCAGAAACUUUGGAACAUACGAAAAGUUUUUCAGAUCAACUUUGUAUCAUGCAUGUUUGCAAAUUUGGGAUGCGCCUACCUCUACCGCAAAUAUUGUGCCGCUGGAAAAGUUUCUCGGUUCACUCGGACAAUUGUUCCUCCAAUGAUUGGUCUCUCCUUUAUUUUAUUCUGCUUUGGGAGGUAAAAUAAUCAAAAUGUCUGAAUUUAAUUUUUUUUCAGAGCUGCGAAACAUUUAUUAGCAAACUCCUUGGUGAGCUAUGGGAUCAUGUGUUUUGCUCCACCUAAAUUAGUUCAUAAGUAGGUUUUCUGCCCUAAUCAUUCUGAGAAAUUUGUUUUCAGGCUAGUUUUUGCAUUUUCGAUGGGUUAUUUGUUAUUUAUUCAUUCUUAUCGAUGGGCCAUUUUGAAUUCCUAUACUCUUGAUAUCACAGGACCCAUAAUGGUUGCUGUCGAAAAGGUUUUUUUAUACAUUUCCAAUUUUCACGACUAACAUGAAUCAUGAUUAAAGGAAUAUUUUUUUGAAAAAAAAACUUUUGCUUUUCAUUAUAACAAAAUAUUUGCAGGUUAUUAUGAUGGCUUUCAAUUUGAACGAUGGUAAGAUGAAAGACAAGAAAAAACUAACUGAAGAACAAGAAAAGGAGGCUAUUACGUAAGUUAAAUUUUUCUGCCAACAAAAAAGUUUAAUGAAAGAUUACAGGGAAGUUCCUACGCUUGUCGAAUUUGUUUCUUACAUGUUCAAUUUCCAAGUGAGUAAUGCAGUACCGCAUUUCUAGCUGUAUGUAGACACUUUAAGACGGUUUUGACUGGACCAGUCAACAAUUUCUCUGACUACAGCAAGUUUUUGGACGGUUCUCACGUUUCAAAAAACUCGAAUGGCAAUGUGAGAUUUUUUGAACGACAAAUAAUUGAAUAUAAAAGUUCAGGAGCCAUCUCCCACUUUCGUGGCCUUGAGAAAGUCAGCCGAAGCUUUGGUUUACUUAUUCAUUGUCGCGACGUUUGGUUCAUGGUGGAAAGUAGAAGAUGUCGCCGGCGAAGAGUUAGUUUCCGAGGUUUUUCAAAGAAAUUAUGACUUAGUUUCAAAAACUACAUUAGAAUACAGGUACUAGCCUUUGGAUAAUUCUCCAUUUUCACAGUUUUUUAUCACAAACAAUUAAGCUCUUUGUUGUUUUCUUGUAGAAAACUUUGCUUUCAGGAUAGUUAUCCAGAAUGCACUAUCAACUUGUUUAUUCAAAAUCAAAAAAAUAUUUUAUUAAUAUUGUUGUGAAUUUAUUCUCUCCAUUUUUCUCCAUUUCAAGUGAGAAAUAUCAAAUGAAAAAAACCCCUGCCGACAUUAAAAGUUCAGUCUAUGUGCUCGAAACGUAGGGAGCAUAGGGAGCAGAACUUCUUCUUGAGUUUUAAAAACAUUUUCAAAAAAAUAAAAAAAUGAAGACAAAGUAAAAAUAAAAUUCUCCUCUUAUUUUUCAGAUACACUAAGCUUCCCUACUACCGCUGGUUCUUCUGGUGGUUCUUCACAAUUGCGGUUGUUCGGUGCGGAUAUUACUUCGCCUGGGUUUUCGGUGAGAUAUCGGCAUAUUUUCAAUCAUUUAUAUCUCAAAACAUGAUAGCUGAUGCUGUGUGCAACAUGUCUGGAUUCGGAUUCAGUGGAUAUGACAAAGAGGGCGAAGCCAAAUGGGAACUUUGCACCAACGUUCGCACUGUACAAGUUGAAGUUAGUUUCUUUCCGAGUUUCCUAACUUUCGCAGCACAAACAAUUUUGAGGAUCUACUCAUUUUCAAAUUAAAAUGUAAAAAGUCAACCGAAUGCAUGAGAGCUAGAACUCAGGAGUGGAAUUUAAUUUGAUUUGAGACUCUCUUCAAAAAAGAGAGUGUAAGAAGGUUUAGUGAUUUUUUUUCUGCGCUUUGAAAUUAAUAAAGUAGAUACAAAAAAGCUGUGCUCAAGCUUUUUAAAUGUUCGGAGGCGUUUGAAAUGAACUCGUGCCAAAAACCACGUACGCCACUCCUCCGCCUCACUCGUCUUUCAAGUCGGAAAGGAUUUAAUAUAUCUGCUGGUUCAGAUGGCUCAAAGCUUCAAGGAAACUCUUGAUGGUUGGAAUAUCCUGACUGGUCAAUGGCUACGCAAAGUUGCUUACGAAAGAGCACCAAAAAAGUUUCCAGAAAUCAAAGUAUCAGUUUAUCUCAAUUUAUUUCAGUGUCCGAACAAUUGCUACUUACGUCCUUUCCGCUGUUUGGCAUGGCGUUUCUUUCGGAUAUUACUUCGCUUUCUUCACCGCUGCUCUUUUCACCAUGUCGGCCCUUACGGUAAGUUUUUUGAAUACUUUAUUUUUGUGACGGCUAAAAUCGAGCUUUUAAAAAACGGGGGCGAUGGAGUUGGCAAUUUUUCAAUCAAAGAAAAUGAUAAUGGAGAGAACCAAAAAAUAAUUUGACAAAAAAUGGGAACUUUUGUCUACUUUUUUUGUUUAAAUAUCAACGCACAGUUCAAUACGCAAGUUUUCAAUUUUGAAAACAUUGUCGGCCUCUCAGUUUUAAGUUUUUCCUUCACAGAAAAUCGACCUUCUUAAAGUUGAUUUUUCAGUUCCGUCGAAGCAUGAGAUGGAGAUUCCUGGACGACCCCAGCAAGAAAUUGGCCUACGACGUUUUCUCCUUUUUUAUCACCAAAAUUGCUCUGGCCUACGCGACUUUCUGGUUUGUCACAAUGAAAAUCCACCCGGCGCUUGGUGUCUACACGUACGUUUUUUUUUCUUACGUUUCUGAACUUUCCAUCGAUUACAGAAGAGUUUAUUUCAUUCCGCACUUCGUAGCCGCCGCCGUUCUGUUUGGUCUUCCAAAAAUUUUCCCUCCUCAGAAAAAAGUUCCUCAACCAGUUGCUUCGGAGAACGUCGAACAGAAAAAAGAGCUUUAA